AUGGCCCAACCUUUUGCCUCGCGCUCCUACGCGGGCGGCAAACUCCCCGACCGCUCCGUCAACGCGAACGCGCUGCCCUUCAGCGCUUCCUCGUUCUCGCGUCACCGCGGCCUAGGCGCGACGACAGCCACGGCACCGGGCGACUUCGGCGCGGAGGGAUUGAAGUCGCAGGGUGCGACUGGUGCGGCUCCGUUACAUGCACAGACACAUGGGCCUGGAGUAGGGACGGGGGCGAGCGUGGGCGCUGGGGCAGGCCCGUCGCAGGAGACGAAUCCGUUGAAUCGGUUGACGGAGGAGCAGAGGGAGGAGAUUAAUGAGGCUUUCACACUUUUCGACCUCGACCGCGACCGCCACCUCGACUACCAUGAACUCCGCGUCGCCUUCCGCGCACUGGGCUUUACCCUCGCAAAACAAGAACUCAUCUCCCUCCUAACAACCUACGGCGUGCCACGGCCACAAGUCCAAGCCUCCCAGAACCAAUCCGCCCAAAAUCCCCCGCAACCACAACCCUCCGCAAACAAAGCCACAAACCCGCAACACCCCUCCAACCUCCUCAUGCCGCUAACGGCCUUCCAAGCGGUGACCGCGUUAAAGAUCCUGGAGCGCGACCCGAGAGAUGAGAUUCUCCGCGCCUUCGAGCUUUUUGAUGAGGGGGGGAAAGGGUAUAUUGAUUUGGAAGAUUUGAGGCGCGUAGCGAGGGAACUUGGGGAGACGGGACUGGAGGAGGAUGAGUUGAGGGCUAUGAUUGAGGAGUUUGAUUUGGAGGGGGUUGGGGGUGUUACGAGGGAAGCAUUUGUUAGUAUUUGUUGGCAGUAA